AGCUUCCUAGUUUAUCCUGAGUUAGAAACUAGAAACUCAAUUCAGUUGCCAUCUUAUUGCCCAAUGCAGAGAUCGAAAUUCUGUGGUGGCACAAAAUUCAAAUAUUUAGAAGGUUCGAUAACAUGCCAUGAUUAUCAGGAAAUCAAAAUUCAAGAAAGUACACAUGUAUUAGGGGUCGCGGCUAUUCCUCGUUCAAUCCUCGUCAUUCUAAAAGAUGAUCUUGUUGAUGUUGUUAAAGUAGGAGAUGACGUUAUAGUCACUGGGGUCUUAACUGCAAGGUGGUCGCCUGACUUAAAAGAUGUUCGCUGCGACCUUGAUCCUGUGUUGAAUGCUAAUCAUGUGAGCCUUGGUGAAUCCCAUCUUUCUUAUGAUGCAUGGGAUUUUACUUAUGCAGCUAGUUAA